GCUUGCGGUUUUGCCAUCGGCUCCCCACACCUCGGGUCAGGCGGGAGACUUCGCGCACGGGUCGCUCCAUCGAGGGACACUCUGCGGGAAGAAGGUGACGGGAGGGCGGCGCGGGGCGCGGACACUCCCCGCCGAGAGCCUGCCCAUCAUGGACUCGGAGUAUUACGGCGGCGACCAGUCAGAUGAUGGUGGCGCUACCCCAGUACAGGAUGAGCGGGAUUCGGGCUCAGACAUUGAAGAUGAUGUAAAUGAACAACAGUCUGGAUCAGACACUGGGAGUGUAGAACACCAUUCAGAGAAUGAACCUAGUGACCGAGAAGAUGGCCUUCCAAAAAGUCACCAUGUAACAGACUCUGAGAAUGAUGACCUCCCAAAUCUUAAUGCCAGUGACUCUGAAAGUGAGGAGCUGCAUGGGCAGAAGGAUAGUGACUCAGAAUCUGAAGAGCAUCCGGAGCCUCCUGCAAGUGAUUCUGAAAAUGAGGAUGUAAAUCGCCAUGGGAGUGACUCUGAGAGGGAGGAGACUAGGAAAUUACCAGCUAGUGACUCUGAAAAUGAAGAAAUUCUUAACGGGCAUGCAAGUGAUUCUGAAAACGAAGUUGUUGAAAAACAUGCUGCUAGUGAUUCAGAAGUUGAAGAGCUCCAGAAAAGUCCUGCCAGUGACUCUGAGGCAGAAGAUGCUCUAAAACCUCAAGCCAGUGAUUCUGAGAGUGAGGAACACCCAAGGCACCAAGGCAGUGACUCCGAAAAUGAGGAGCUCCCCAAACCUCAAGUCAGUGAUUCUGAAAGUGAAGAGCCUCCGAGGAAUACAGCCAGUGAUUCUGAAACGGAGGAGCUUCCCAAACCCAGUAUCAGCGACUCAGAGAGCGAGGGCCCCCCAAGGCACCAAGCCAGUGACUCUGAAACGGAGGAGCUUCCCAAGCCCCACAUCAGUGACUCAGAAAGCGAGGGUGCCCCAAGGAAUCCAGCCAGUGACUCAGAAAAUGAAGAGGAGCUGUCCAAACCCCAGAUUAGUGAUUCAGAAAGUGAGGACCCCCCACGACAUCAGGCCAGUGACUCUGAAAAUGAGGCGCUUUCCAAACCCCACGUCAGUGACUCUGAGAGUGAGGAGCUCCCCAAACCCAGAGUCAGUGACUCUGAGAGUGAGGAGCCACAGAAGGCACAGGCCAGCGAUUCCGAAACAGAGGCCGCUGCCUCCAGGCACAAGCAAAAGCCUGAGUCGGACGUUGACAGCGAAGGGGAGAACAGGAGAGAGGAUGCAGACGUGCAAAAUGACUCCUUUCAUUCAGAUGGCCAAACAGAGAGGAAAAGGUUUCACAGUUCUGACAGUGAGGAGGAAGAACCCAAAAAGCCAAAACUUGAGAGUGAUGAAGAUGAAGAAAAGGAGGGAGCGGAGGAAAAAACAACAAAGAGGAAAGUGGCUGUUCUUUCGGAUAGUGAAGAUGAAAAGAAAGCGUCUAAGAAGAGCCGUGUUGUCUCUGAUGCAGAUGAUUCUGACAGUGAUGUUACAUCAGAAAAAGCAGGCAGAAGAGAAAAGACUUCGGGCAGUGAAGAAGAAGUCGGCGAAGAGGAAGCAUCUGCUAAGAAGACUGAGGAGAAUGAUUUAUUUGGGAGUGACAGUGAGUCCGGGAAUGAAGAAGAAACCCUUAUUGCAGACAUAUUUGGAGAGUCUGGUGACGAGGAAGAAGAAGAGUUCACAGGCUUUAAUCAAGAAGAUUUGGAAGAAGAAAAAGAUGAAACACACAUAAAGGAAGCAGAAGAUUCAGAUUCUGAUGAUAACAUAAAGAGAGGAAAGCAUAUGGACUUCCUGUCGGAUUUUGAGAUGAUGCUGCAGCGGAAAAAGAGCAUGAGUGGUAAGCGCAGACGUAACCGUGAUGGUGGCACCUUUAUCAGCGAUGCAGAUGACGUUGUGAGCGCCAUGAUAAUCAAGAUGAAUGAGGCUGCUGAGGAAGACAGACAGUUGAACAAUCAAAAGAAGCCUGCACUAAAAAAAUUAACUUUGUUACCUACUGUUGUUAUGCACCUCAAAAAGCAGGACCUGAAAGAAACAUUUAUUGACAGUGGUGUGAUGUCUGCCAUCAAAGAAUGGCUCUCACCUCUACCCGAUAGGAGUUUGCCGGCAUUAAAAAUUCGAGAAGAGCUGUUGAAGAUUCUGCAAGAGCUACCUAGUGUAAGCCAGGAGACUCUGAAACAUAGUGGGAUUGGACGAGCAGUGAUGUAUCUCUAUAAACACCCCAAGGAAUCAAGGCCUAACAAGGACAUGGCAGGAAAAUUAAUCAAUGAGUGGUCUCGGCCUAUAUUUGGCCUUACCUCUAACUACAAAGGGAUGACAAGAGAAGAAAGGGAACAGAGAGAUCUAGAACAAAUGCCUCAACGACGACGAAUGAACAGCACUGGUGGCCAGACACCCCGAAGAGACUUGGAAAAGGUUUUGACAGGAGAAGAGAAGGCUCUGAGGCCUGGAGAUCCUGGGUUCUGUGCUCGAGCGAGGGUCCCGAUGCCGUCAAACAAAGAUUACGUUGUCAGGCCCAAGUGGAACGUGGAGAUGGAGUCUUCCAGGUUUCAGGGCACCUCCAAGAAAGGUAUCAGCCGACUGGAUAAACAGAUGAGAAAGUUCACAGAUAUCAGGAAAAAAAGCAGAUCAGCACACGCAGUGAAAAUCAGCAUCGAGGGCAAUAAAAUGCCAUUGUGACUGCCUGGGAUGGACCGACAUCUCUAAGAAAUUUAUGAGAGACUCUUUGGAGGAGAAAUAUCUCAUUACAUUUUUUUUUAGUGUAUCUGUAAAUGAUUGGUUCCACUUGUAUCAAAUGUCAUAGGACUAGCAAUUUCUCAUAUGUAUUUAAAACUGUUUGUUGUGUACUUUGUACAGAAGAAUAUUAGUCAUACUGCUAUAAACUUUACACAAUAAAAUUACACUCUGGUUUUG